UCACCACCGCUGUAUCCAAGCCUCGUUCUCGCUCGGCUGUCCUGAUUCGGUGAAACGUUCCGACCAGGAAGCACACUGCUGUUUGGAGCUUCAUCGUACAGCAUUGACACCCUGCUAAUACCGUCUAGCCCUUCACAGCUCCGGUCCCUCCAUCCCACAGUUCCUGCCUGCCAUCCGUCCACCUUGGAUCUGCUUGUGCACAAUGACUGAAGAGAGAACAGCUAAGCUGAAGCUGAAGAGGAAGAAGUGUUCAAAUAUAUUUCAGGGUGCACAGGAGACCGAGAUUAAGCUGCAGCCAGCAGUGGACCUAAGACAGAACUCCGCUGGGUCCUGGUUUGACGAAAUUGAUUUAACUACUGCUGAGCAGCUAUGGAAGCAGGUUCUGACCUGCGUGUCUAUAGACCUUCGAAGCGUGGGAUGGAGAUCUGUUCCAGGACUGCCAGACUUCACUCAUCAGGUUGCUAGACAAGGACAGAAGAAGACAACUGUAUUAGAAGUGUUUGAAGUUGGACAUCAAAGUUUUGAAUGGUUUCCAUUGCCUACUGCUAUUUCUCCUACUGUUUCAAAGGAGUCCUGCAGAACUGAUCUUAGGCAUGAGCCCAGCCAGAGCAAUGAACAGUUAGCAGAACCUAUGUUAUCUAAAUCCAGAAAUCAAAGCCCUCAGUCUCUUAAUGCUGUUAACAAUUUGGAACCCAGCUUCAAGGUACCAGGUUCUAAGGAGAAUGAGCGAGUCUGUAAUAAAAACUCAACUGGGAAUCAUGAAGAAUUGCAAAGUGGAGCCACAAAGAACAUCAAAAAGCUAAUGGCUUUUCAGAGGAGUUCCACAGAGGGUGUUAAAGCACCACUUGCCUCACAGAAAAGUUUCAAAAAGAGCAUCAAAGUACCUCAAAAUUUACAAAAAGAGUUAGUGGAUAAUAUAAAUGAACCAAAGACCUCUCAAAAAAGAUCUAAAAAAGCCCUCCAAGGACCUAAUGUGUCACAAAAGUUGUCUGAAAAGAAUGCGAGAGAACUUCAGACAUUACCAAAACAGACUGUUUACUUGUGGCCUACUGUAACAUUGGCCAAAAAUAGCAAAGGUAUAGAGGAACCCAAAUGUGAAGAACUUCCCACUCAAAAUACGUCAGGGUUUAAUGAUCUGAUGGACGUUGAAGAACCCGUUUCAGCAAGUGAGGGCAAAUUGCAAGUGAUGCAAGAAAGUUCAGACAAAACAGAAGCAGCAGGAUCGCUGGAUAACUGUCCAAUUUGUCUGAUGCAGUUUCCCAAACAGUUUGCACAACUUGAUAUGGACAGCCAUUUGGCUCAGUGCUUGUCAGAGACAACAGUUGAUGUGGUGUGGUAAUGUAAUGACCUGUAUAAAGAUUAAAAAAGAACAAUAAAUGCCUUGGGACUCUU